GGAUACCUGCAAGAGGAGAAAGCAAUCCCUCCCCAAUUAAUGAUUGAUCCAAGCCUGUGGAGGAGCGCCAAGCGCCCUUUCACCUCCGCUAUCUCCCCAGCCAGACUUCAGAGACAGAGCAGCACUGCCCGGGAAGGGUGCCAAAGCCCUCCCUUGCGCCGGGGCCAUGGGCAGGGAUGGAGAGCUGGCUGCUGGCAGGGGGAAGGUACCCACUGCCUUCCUGGGCGUCCCUUGUCUUCUGUGAUGUCCUGAGACAAGGAAGCCAAAAAGCUACAGCUGCACCAUGUUAUUUGGGACCCGCCAGAGGCAAUUUCAAGUGGUAGCUCUGAGUCUCCCCCAGCCAAAGAAGGGGGAUUGCACCCUGUCUCCACCUGCAUGGGGCUCACCCAAGGCAUCUGCAGCCACCCACCCACCACCACCCUGAGCUUCUGAGGCUCUGGUGGGACAACGGGAUAUGCCCACCUGAGGUUGAACCACAGCUAUUGGCCUUUCUGUGCUGCUGGGGACAACGAUGGAGAGGGAUGCGUGUCACAGCGACGCCUGCGUCCUCAGGAGAGCCCAGAGCAUCUUGCGAAAUCGGACCGAGGCCGUGCCACGCCACGCCGACACUGCGGCCAGCAGCCUUUCGCCCUGGGAAUGCUCCCAGCUGGGAGUGCCGCCACUGCCCAGUGCCUCUGCUCCUCUCCCUGUCCCCACACUGGCACCUCAAAUGCUUGAGAUCACAGCCCCUCCGCCCCCAGCCUCCCCCCAGCCCUCUGUUUACACAACUGGGACAAAUUUCACACCCCAAGGACUGCUGUCCCCACACCCCUAGUCCCUCACUCCCCUGCCUUUGCCCCUACCCUGAAGAAUUUGUGAGUCACUGGCCGGGGCUGGGCUAUAAGGGUGUCUUUGCCAAGAGCCUGCAGCAUCAGAGGGGACACUCUUGCCUGUGACCAUGGAAGCUGCUGCCUGUUGCCUUCCUCCCCGUGGGCUCUGGGUGCCCGUGGCCAGUGCUCGCCCAGCCCCGGGGCUGGAGCAAGGGGGAAGAUCCCUGCCUCUCUGGAGACCGUGGCUACCCCGAGUAGAGGAGGGAACCGGGUGGCAGAGGGAACAGAUGGACACUGCCUGGACUCAGGCGGCGGCGGGGGAUGGCGGCCCCGACAAAGCGCUGAUGUUUUUCCACCAUCCGGUCAGGCUCCUCUGGCCCAAGUCCAAGUGCUUUGACUAUCUGUACGGUGUGGGGAAGAAGCUGCUGGAGAACUUCCCGGUGCAGGCCACCCUCUGCCUCUAUGAGGACUCGGAGGACUCGGAGGAGGACUCGGACUCGGAGGAGGCAGCGGACACGGCGGCAGGCCCCCGGCUGCAGGCGGGCAGCCCUGGCAGGCCGGUGUGAGGGUGCGGCAAAGCAGGCGAGGGCAGGCCUGGCGGCACCGCGGAGGCACAGGCAGACGCCUGCCCAGCCAGCAGUGGGCACCGGCCGCGGGCACCGGGACACCGGCCCCCCGGGCUGCGCGGCCCGGCCCGGCCUCAGGGAGCGGCCGCGGGACGUUGACAGCGCCCCGCGGCGGCGUGCAGGGGACUACGGCUCCCAGGAGCCACCGCGGCACCUCCCGGCCCCCAUUCGCUACCAGCCUCUCCCUGGUCGGGGGCGGAGCGCGGGACCCCGCCCACUCCCCCCGCUCCGCUUUCCUAUUGCAGCUGC